CGGAGGAUGCACCCGGCAGGCUUGGCGGCGUCGGCGGCGGGGACGCCCCGACAGCGUAAGUGGCGUACGUGGCCGGCCGAGAAGAUCGGGGCCGCGGCGGCGGUUGGCUGGGGCGCUGCUGGACGGAGGUCAAGAGGUCAGGGAUCGGGAGCUUCGAGGUCCUCAAAGCGGAGGGUCCCUGUAUCCCAGCCGGGCAUGGCCGACCCCCACCAGCUUUUCGAUGACACGAGUUCAGCUCAGAGUCGGGGCUAUGGAGCCCAGCGGGCACCCAGUGGCCUGGGUUAUCCCGCAGCCUCCACCUCGCCUCCGACACCCUUCCUGGAUGAUCAUGUGUCCAACAUGGCCAUGGCCUACGGGAGCACCCUGGCUGCCCAGGGCAAGGAGCUGGUGGAUAAGAACAUUGACCGCUUCAUCCCCAUCACCAAGCUGAAGUACUACUUCGCCGUGGACACCAUGUAUGUGGGCAAAAAGCUGGGCCUGCUCUUCUUCCCCUACCUGCACCAGGACUGGGAGGUGCGGUACCAGCAGGACACACCAGUGGCCCCCCGCUUUGACAUCAACGCUCCUGACCUCUACAUUCCAGCUAUGGCUUUCAUCACCUACAUCUUGGUGGCUGGCCUUGCGCUGGGGACCCAGGACAGGUUCUCCCCAGACCUCCUGGGGCUGCAGGCCAGCUCGGCCUUGGCCUGGCUGACGCUGGAGGUGCUGGCCAUCCUGCUCAGCCUCUACCUGGUCACCGUCAACACAGACCUCACCACCAUCGACCUGGUGGCCUUCUUGGGCUACAAAUACGUUGGGAUGAUCGGCGGGGUCCUCAUGGGUUUGCUCUUCGGGAAGAUUGGUUACUACGUGGUGCUGGGCUGGUGCUGCAUGUCCAUCUUUGUGUUUAUGAUCCGGACGCUGCGGCUGAAGAUCCUGGCGGAGGCGGCGGCCGAAGGGGUCCCGGUGCGCGGAGCGCGGAACCAGCUGCGGAUGUACCUGACGAUGGCCGUGGCGGCGGCGCAGCCCCUGCUCAUGUACUGGCUCACCUUCCACCUGGUGCGGUGACGCCGACCCCGUUGGAAGCUCCCAGCCGCGGAUCCCGGGGCCGCCGCGCGCUCCGCCGCCUGGUCUCCCGCGGGCCCGCCCCAGCCCCGCGGCCCUCCCUCGGGCCCGCCUCCAGCUGCUGAGAGAUGUCGCACUGCACAGGCCGCCGCCCGCCCCCGGGGCGCGGCCGCUGUUUCGGAAACAAUAAACCGGGAUGGACAUUG